AUGGAUCGAAAAAAAUUUAGAAAUGCUUUAAAGUACAACAAGGUCCCACAAGAGAUACCAAAAAUAGUGUUGGAUGCCCCUUCUUCGGAAAACCUUAAUGUAAUUGACUCAGAAAUGGAUUCGAAAAGUAGAAAUGGCAACUUAGACAAAGAAAAGACUGAUGACACGAUACAAAGAGAUACAAUUAGACCUCCAAUGAGACGCAAAAAUAGUAUAUCGAUGCCAAAUUUGGAUGAUUUGAAGGUUUUUAUUGACCAAGAGGGCGAGAGUUAUGACACUAGUGCUGAAAAAAUUAACACCACGAUUCAAGAGGAACCGGAAGAUGCAGAAUUCCAAAAUAUCUCUGGCUACCCACGUAGUGUAAGGAGGAAAUCGGUACUUAGUCCCAGAAUGUUAAAACCGCCAGAAGAUUCAGAGCUAGGAGGUAAUUCCCCGUCUAAUUCGAUCACUUCUAUUAAUUCCAUAGCCAGUUUACUUAGGGAAAAAAUUCAGAACUUGCCACAGACGCUUAGGAAGAAGAAAUCGCCAGAAUACAAAACUAAAGUAUUUGUAUGUCUUCUGUUCACUACAAUUAUAGUCCUCAUAGUCACAGCAUAUUUCUUAUACCAACAAAAAGUGUUAGCUAAAGUUUAUUUUGGAAAUAUGAAACUAAAUAAAGCAAAACGAACUGUGAAAAUAUUUAAUGAUGAAGGGGAAGAUGUCGUUAAAUUGCAUUUAGGCACAACGCUUAAUUACGACAAUGUGUUAAAUUGUUUACCGGCAGAUAACAGAGAUGACGGAAGCCUUUGUUUGGAAUGGAUGCAUAGGGCAAGACUAUAUAUGAAUUUCUUCGAUCUUGGUUCAGAUGUAAAGUGUUACAACGUGCAAUGGAUAUCUUUAUCAGAAAGCCUGGCUCCAACAGAUUGUUUUGACAUGUCAAACUCACACUGGUACGGUGGUGGACAAACAGCAGAAAAUGCUUGGCCUUUAGAAAAAGGUAGCCAUUUUUAUCAACCAUUUAUUACUGGAAAUAUAGAAACACACGAAUGGGGAAAUGUUUUGAAGAGAUAUUUCAUUAAUUCGAAAGGGGCAGCUAUAGUGAUCGAUAACGAAACACCUUUAUAUAUCUCAAUUCGAGAUUCACCAAAGAAAGAAUUUUGUCUCAGGGCUCAAUACGAUCAUUUUGCUUAUGUAAAUAAAUUCACAAGCACUGCUCAGUUAAACUACAGUAUAUGUACCAGUGCCAAUAUGUCUCAAUUACAUGUUUUUCUGAGUGAACAUACCCUCUGGGAUGGUCUAAAAAAAGAAGAUAGCAACAUUAUUGAUUACUUUCUGACGGAACCAGUUUGGGAAAUGCCUGAUAUGAAAGAAGCAUUAACUCAAGAUGUUAUAGACAACAUAACUACAAAGAUUACGAACUCUGUUGCUGUACUAAAGCAGGGUCAUAUUCUCAUUAAUGAAUUUUGGCAAGAACAAAUCGGAGACUUUGAAUUGGAUCAAUCAAGAUUUCCAGAUUUCGAUAAACUGAUAGAAAAACUUAAAAGAAGAGGUUUUAGAGUAGUUUUCACCAUACAGCCGUUUAUAUCGACAGAAAGUUUCAAUUUUGCAGAAGUAGUAAGGAAGAAAUUAUUAGUAUCUGAAAGAUUUAGUGAUAAAAGAAUACCAGCUCUAACUAGAUACAAAAGUCUUCAAAGUGCUGGCGUUUUAGAUAUAACGAAUGACCAAACAAUUUCGUGGUUGCUGCAUAAAUUAAAAAAAGUUAUGAACACGUACAAAAUAGAUUCGUUUUACUUAGAUCUAGGAGUUGCAUAUAAUAUGCCACACUAUUACCAAUGUGAAAAAGCCCUACUUAACCCAGAUGAAUAUAAAACAAUAUUUACCAACAAUCUCCAAGGAGAAGUGCCCCUUUUUGGCGUUAACAGUGCCAUUGAAAGACCGAGAUCUCCUAGUUUUGUAGUGCUUCCAGAAUUUGAGUUUUCAUGGGAUGGCUUGCGAAAAAUAAUUCCAACAAUUCUCACGUACGGUAUUCUGGGGUACCCAUUUUUAAUUCCUGGAGCCGUUGGAGGAGACUAUGCUGUGCCUGAAACGAUGUUGGUUACAAAUGAAACAGAAAACGUUUUAGAAGAUCCAGAGCUUUAUAUAAGAUGGUUGCAACUAGCUUCGUUUCUUCCUGUAGUAAGAUACCAUCAUUUGCCGAAUAGUUAUUCACAAAAGAACAUAUCAGGUUUAGCAAAGGAACUGGCUAAGAAACGGCAUGAAAGUAUUACACCAAAAUUAAAAAAAUUUGCAAGGGUGUCAUUAAACUUAGGUUUACCAAUUAUUCGUCCAUUAUGGAUGUUAGACUCAGACGACCCCGCCUGUCAUUUGGCUGUUGACGAAUUUUCGAUUGGUGAUGAAAUAAUUGUAGCUCCUGUUUUACACAGUGGUGCUAGAGAGAGAGAAAUAUAUCUUCCUGCCGGCGUUUGGAAAGAUGGAAUAGAUGGAAGUUUAAGAAAGGGCAGCCGAUGGAUUCAUGACUACAGAGUAGAAGAAGAUAAUGUCGCAUUCUUUGAACGAAUGCCUGAUGAUACUCGGUUUUGA